GCUUGGGCUACUCUUCAACGGAGGAGAGGAACUGAUUUCCCGAGAUGGGUACUUGGGAUUUCCCUAGCUUUGAUUACAGUGCCAGUGAUAACGCAGCAUCGCUGUCAGUUUAUGUGGCUUUCGCAAAAACCUGAAGAUGCUCAUGUGCGUACAUUAUAUAUCGCAAUUCUACACUAAUGUCUGUUCAUCUGCGGUGAUUUAGCGUAGAACCACGCGGAGAAUCUGAAGCGAGUAGCUAUAUAUGCAGUGUAGCAAACUAAGAUAUAUUAAUAAAAACUGAAGUUUUGUUUUUGGAGGAAACGGUGAUGAAAUGGGUGUGAUGAUUUUUGUUCAGCUCUGAGUCGUCCAAUAUGUCUCACUCUUCCAAGCCUCGAUCCCACCCUUGUGGCCCUUGCGACAAGUCUUUUUCCCGGAUAUCGAUGCUCACCAAGCACCAGCAAGUGCAUACUGAAGACAAGCCCUACAAAUGCCUCUACUGUGACAAGUCUUUUACUCUUUCUUCUCGUCUGGUUCUACAUAAACGAACCCAUGCAGGGGAGAAGCCUCAUACCUGCCGGCUUUGCUCCAAGACCUUCAUCUCGUCGGCUCACCUUGCACUGCACCUGCGCUCACACACUGGAGAAAGGAAGUAUAAAUGCAGUGUGUGUUCAAAAAUGUUCACGCAGUCGUCCCAGCUUAUGCGCCACAAGACCACCCACGCCGGCGAGAAACCCUUUAAAUGCUCAGAUUGCAAUAAAUGCUUUAGCCGUGCCUCAAACCUAAAAACCCAUCAAAGGCUCCACACUGGUGAAAAACCCUUCAAAUGUACACAAUGCGAAAGAGCUUUUACGCAAAAAGCUGGACUUAUUGUACACUUGCGCUUGCACACAGGUGAGCGCCCUUUUAAGUGUGAGAAAUGCGGCAAGGCUUUCCGCACGUCAGCCCACCUGCUUAACCAUCAGGCUUUGGAGCAGGGCGAGGGCAGGUACAUAUGUGUCACGUGCCACAAGGGUUUCAGGUCUGUGUCCAUGCUAAAACAACACAAGAAAAGCCACCAGGGCAGCGGGAUGCUGUGUUGCAGCGUGUGCUCGGGGGCCUUCGCUCGUUCCUCUUAUCUGCAGCUGAAACUGCACUUACAAACCAGAGAGAAGCUCUUCCAUUGCAAGGUGUGCAACAAAAUCUUCGUGAAGAUGUCCACUUUUGAGAAACACUGCACAAAACAUCAGACAGGGGUGGACGAAUGUGAGGAUGAGGAGGUAAAAGAGGAAGAUUCACAUGAUCCCCUGUUUGAGCUGCAUACUGUUGUAUCCCCAACACCGUCGACGUCAGAAGUCAACACACGCUCCAAAACAAGAGCCAAAACUAAGACUACAAUGGAAAACUCAUAAGAAUGUACAGGCAAACUUUUUAUAACAUUUAUUCAGUGCCUUUCUGUAUUUAUGAUGUAUGAUAUAAAUGCUAUAUACUUUCAUCUGCUAUAAAUGAAUAAUGAUAAUUCUCUGUAUGUAUACAGUACAGACCUGUAGACCUGUAGACCUGUAGCGUUUUACAUUAAAGUUAAUUUAAUUCUUUUUUUUUUUACAAUCAUACUUAUCAAAAAGUGGCAGAGCUUUGAAGAUGCCAGGUAUGUGUCAUUUCAAACUGAAUUGAGCAUUGUCUUUUGAAUUUCUAUUCUAUUCCAGAAUUCUUUAAUUCGAACAGAUUUAAAAUGCGCCCUAAAUAUUUUUAUGUAGUUUAUAUAUUGUAUUAUAUAAAAUAAAUGUACUUUUG